AUGCUGGGACUUGAGCUUAUCUUUUUGUUUCGUCUCUUCCUAGCCACGCCAGUCUGCUCGUUGCAGAAGCGAGACGUCAGGGCAACCCUUGCAGAUGGGACGACUGUGGUUGGGUACGACGCAGAAGGCCUUUCCACCUUCCAGGGAAUCCCUUAUGCUCAACCUCCAGUUGGAAACCUCCGCCUCAGACCAUCACAGCCUCUUACAACACCCCUUGGGACGGUAGAUGCCACUCAAGAUGCAAAGGCGUGCCCACAGCUGGUGGUGAACCUCAACUCGUCAAGUGUCUUGGAGAGCGUAGCAGGGCGCCUAGUCAACACGCCGUUCGGCCAGAACACACUCCUCGGCGCCUCCGAGGACUGCCUGACCCUCAAUGUUAUCAAGCCUCCCAAUGCAGCCCCAGGCGACAACCUGCCGGUGAUAUACUGGAUCUUCGGGGGCGGUUCCGAGCUCGGUUGGAGCUCCCUGUUCAACGGCUCCAGCUUCGUCACCGACUCGAUCGCGAUGGGCAAGCCGGUCGUCUGGGUCGCCGUCAACUACUGCGUGGGAGGGUUUGGCUUGAUGCCGGGCAAAGAGCUCCUGGCCGAGGGCUCCACGAAUCUUGCCCUGCGGGAUCAGCGUUUAGGCCUACAGUGGGUCGCCGACAACAUCGCACAGUUUGGUGGCGACCCGGACAAGGUAGUCAUCUUUGGCGAGAGUGCCGGGUCUAUCUCCGUCCGCCUCCAGAUGACACUCAACGGCGGGGACAACACCUACAAGGGAAAGCCACUCUUCCGCGGCGCCAUCAUGGACAAUGACCUGGUCACAUACCUCGAAGACUUUUACUUCCCGCAGACCGGUCGCUCUAUUGUGGAAGGCUACGUGAACAGUUAUCCGGACUCUUCUUCUGCGGGCUCGCCAUACGGCACUGGCCCUUUCAACGAUGUCUAUCCGCAGUUCAAGCGGCCAGCUGCGCUUUUGGGCGACCAGCUGUUCACUCUCCAGCGCCGCCGAGUCCUGCAGCUCAAUGCACAGCUUGGUGGUCCUCCAUCUUGGACGUACCUGGCCAGAUAUUUCUACGGGACACCGAUACUUGGUACCUUCCACGCCACCGACAUACUCCAUGGGUUCGACUACAUCGGGGACACGGAUGAGUUUGAUGACGUGCGACGCGCUCCAGGGGCAUGA